AUGAACUCAAAAAAUUUCAAGACAAAAUCCUCGAUACGGUAUCAAGACAAAAAACCCCCAAACGAAAAACCCUCCAUGACAAAAACUCUCGGACAAACCCAACUAGUAAAGUUUAAUGUUAUUUCUAUUUUGCCUGAUGUAAAUAUAUCUGUUGCUGGUGUUGAGUCUGUUGACUGCAUGGUUCUCAUCUCGCAGGUGCAGUACACGUCAUGGUACUUUUAUGCUUCUGCAUACUGGCUGUCUGUUUUUAUAAAGCAUUGUGCUAUAUAUGGACACAAUAUUGAUGUAUCGUCAAAAAUUGCUUAUGCCGUUCAUUCCUACAACUUUACAGCCCAACACAAACCUUUUUACUCAGCUCUAAGUCGCCUAUUCAAACAUUUUAAAUUCAUCAGCAUUCUGUUUUCGUUCGUAGCAUCUAAAAUCUUGAUAGACUUAAACAGUGAUCGCGUAUGCGGCCGUAAUGUACCAUUAAUAGCAGCCUGUAUUAUAGUCUUUUUCAACGUCGAUUGUUUCUACAGUAAAAUUGAACAAUGUUACAGAGCCAUUUUUUUCUGUUUCUGCAUCGAUUAUAGUUGUAACUAUAGUCAGAACACAUCUACAUCAAAAUAUUUUAGAAAUAAUAUCAUAACGAUUUCAUGUGACAAACCUUUGAAUACCAACGUUAACAUGGCCUUGCAGAUGAAAAUUUUUAUCCGUGGAUGA